AUAUGAACUACAUAUCUAUUCUGCAAACAACAAGAAGCUCUAGUUCAUAUACAUAUCUCAUUAUUGACAAAGCUCAAGAAAAUUGGAAAUGGACAAUCAAAGCAGCAGUACUAGCAAAUGGAGAAACCUUAUUCUAGUACUCAACUGUAUCACUCUCGGCAUAGGCUACUGUGGUGGCCCUUUAAUCUCACGCCUCUACUUCCUCCACGGUGGCCAAAGAAUUUGGCUUUCUAGUUGGUUAGCAUGCAUUGGAUGGCCAAUUUUUCUCAUUGUCCUCAUUAUCGCCUAUUUUUUCCGUCGUAAAACCCAAGACUCUGAUACCAAUCUUUUCAUGAUAACUCGUCAGGAGUUCACUGCAUCGGCUGCCUUAGGCAUCCUUGUUGGACUCGCUGGCUAUCUUUUCGCAUGGGGACCUGCGAAACUUCCCGUUUCUACUUCAAACGUUAUUUAUGCAGCGCAACUCGGAUUCACUGUAGUGUUUGCUUUUUUCAUAGUGAAGCAGACGUUGACAGCGUAUUCGGCGAAUGCGGUUGUUUUAUUGAUUGUUGGAGCUGGAACUUUGGCUCUUGGAGCGGACAGUGAUAGACCAUCAGGAGAGUCAACUAAACAGUAUGUUUUGGGGUUUGUAAUGACACUUUUAGCUGCGGCGUCUACAGGGCUUGCGUUGCCUUUACUGGAGUUGAUUUAUUUGAAGGCUCAGAAAACUGUUACUUAUACUAUGGUCUUGGAGAUUCAGAUGAUCCUUAACAUUUUCGGUUCUGCUUUUUGCACUGUGGGAAUGAUUAUUAACAAGGAUUUUCAGGCGAUUUCGAGGGAGGCAAGCCAAUUUGAGCUAGGAGAAGCUAAAUAUUAUUUAGUACUAGUAUGGAGUGCCAUUAUUUGGCAAUUUUCGACACUGGGAAUCGUUGGAGUAGUCCAAUACGGUUCAUCUUUGCUAUGUGGAAUUUUAAUUGCUUUCUUACUUCCACUCAUAGAAGUAUUAGGUGUGCUUUUGUAUCAUGAAAGAUUUCAAGCUACAAAGGGGCUUGCUAUAUUCCUCUCUCUUUGGGGAUUUGUUUCAUACUUCUAUGGUGAAAUGAAACAGAGCCAGAAGAACAAAGAGGAGAAUCAAAUUCCCCAAACAUAAAUGUCUCAAACCUCACCGGUACUCUGAUAUAUUGGUAAAUCAAGUACUUUUCUUUUGUAUAAUGUAAUGAAUAAUUUCUACUUUGUUGUC